CUAAGAAUGUCACCUUAUCCUGGGGAGAUCCAGUAAAUAUGACCGGAGUGGUGAAGUCAUAUAAUAUCACUUAUUGGAAUUCUUCUUCUCCUUCAAUCAUUGCUGGACCUGUGAGAAGCAACACAGCAAAUGUCACCCUUCAAAACCUGACAUCGGGGACUAAUUACACCGUCUCUGUGGUGACAAUCAUACCCUGGGGGUAUCAGAGCACGGCUGUGAUUGGAUCGGUCUGUACAAAACCGUUAUCUGUGAAAUCACCGCAGAUUGGAGCCAAAACUACCAAUUCUAUGUCCCUGACCUGGACACAACCAGACGAGUAUCAGAGCUCAUACACCUACAGAGUGCAGACCAAUGCAACCUCACCAUCUACACUGAUAAAUAAUACAACAGUGAGCAGUGCAUCGGCUACAAUAGGAAAUCUGACAGCGGGAGAGACGUAUACAUUCCUGGUAUAUACAAUAUCUGUCUGCAACAUACAAUCAGACCCCACAUCUAUAACUGACUGCACCCGUAAGUACUACUGAACAGGAACAAUAACUCAUAAAAUC